AUGCGUGCGAUUUUGACACUCGCCGCCCUGCCGCUGCUGGCUCAGACGGCCUUGGGCGAUGCCGUUGAUAGCUGCUUGCAGCAAGCAACCGUCACCGUGUUCCGGCCAGUUACGAGCACUGUCUAUGUCACCGCAACUGCGAACGAUCCCAGUCCCCCUCCUUCGAAGUCUUCAGGGGUCCAGCGUCCCGUCGACCCUAUCCAGUCUGACGAUGAUGACUCUUGCGACGAACUCGAGACCGGAGGCACGGGCGCGCCGCAGACACAGGCGCCAGGUGCUCCCUCAUAUACCACCACAACCGCUUACGUCGUGCAAGAGCCUUCAGCGACGGCACGAUUUUCUGCUUCUUCCAGCUUGAAAUGGAGGAACAAUACCGGACUCGCAAACUCGACUUCUGAGGGCUUUCAGAAGCCGUCCACCGUCUUUAGGCCGUCUCAGAUUGGUCACGGAACACAGAGCUACCUAGGGACAGGAGUCACGAAGGCUUCCCAGGCUUUGAGCACAAAUAGGAAUGUCAGGCCAACCCAGGACGCCAAAUCCUCCCAAGGUGCGGCCAAUGCCACGACAUCUAGCUCAAGCAAUUCGCUCGGUGCUUCCCCGCCACCAGCAUCCAAGCCCGCCAAGGCGCUCAGGAACGUCCUUUACUUCACCAACUGGGGCAUCUACCAAGCCAAUUACCAGCCGCAAAUGUUGCCGGCGGAUCGGGUCACUCACGUUCUGUACGCAUUUGCAGCUUUUGGCCAAGACGGGACUGUUAAGCCCUUCGACUCGUACGCGGACGUGGAGAAGCACUAUCCAGACGACUCGUGGAACGACCAGGGCAAGAAUGCAUACGGAUGUGUCAAGCAGCUCUACAAGUUGAAGCAGAAGAACCGCAACCUCAAGACUCUCAUUUCAAUCGGCGGCUGGACCGCCUCCCAGGAUGGAAAGUUUGCCAAUUCUGUCGCCACGGACGCGCAAAAACAGCAAUUCGCCUCAACCGCGGUCAAAAUGAUGGGAGACUGGGGAAUGGAUGGCCUCGACAUCGACUGGGAGUAUCCGACCAACGAACAGGAAGCCAAGAGCUUCGUUGGCCUCCUCAAGGCUUGCCGAGACGCCCUGGACGCUUAUGCUGAGAAGAAUGCACCAGGAUACCAUUUCCUUCUCACUGUCGCCACUGCGGCUGGGCCGGACCAUUAUCGGCAGCUAGACAUGAAGGGCAUGGACCAAUAUCUUGACGCGUGGCAUCUCAUGGCCUACGACUAUGCUGGUUCCUGGGACAAGACAACGGGCCACCAGGCAAAUAUCAACAAGAGCUCCAGCAACGCCGAGGCCACAAAGUUCAGCACGGUGCAAGCUGUCGACGAUUAUAUCCAGGCUGGUAUCGCCCCCGACAAGAUCGUCUUGGGCCUUCCGCUGUAUGGACGUUCGUUCGCAAACACCGAUGGCUUGGGCAAGGCGUUUACUGGCGUCGGCGGUGGGACCUUGGAAAAGGGAAUCUGGCUCUACAAGGACCUGCCCCGGACCGGCGCAAAGGAAGAGGUCGACGAGGCUGUUGGUGCCGCCUGGAGCUAUGACGCAGCUGCAAAGGAGCUGGUGUCGUAUGACAACCCGCAGAGCGCCAAGCUCAAGGUGGACUACCUCAAGAGCAAGGGCCUCGGAGGUGCUCUCUUCUGGGAGGCAAGCGGGGACAAGACUGGCGACGACAGCAUUGUCGGUGCGGUUGCUUCGUCUCUGGGCGAGCUGGAGAACUCGCAAAACCAGCUGAGCUAUCCGGGCAGCCAGUACGACAACAUCAAGAACGGCAUGAAGUGA